AUGGCGACAGACGCAGACAUUGAUAUGGGAGGUGUCCCAAGCGCCGAUGAAGUUCAUAAUGUCGUACCAAGUGGCACAAAAAGGAAAGCCGAAAGGCUGUCUGAAGGGUCUGGUGCGCCUCGCAGAAUCAAGGCACUCGACCCAAAUGUAGUCAACAAAAUUGCGGCCGGUGAAAUCAUUGUGGCUCCUGUACAUGCGCUCAAAGAACUCAUUGAGAACGCCGUCGAUGCCGGUGCUACAUCUCUUGAUAUCCUUGCCAAGGAGGGUGGGUUGAAGUUGCUCCAGAUUACAGACAAUGGCUGUGGCAUCCAAAAAGAAGACUUGGCCAUCCUUUGUGAACGCCACACAACAUCCAAGAUCUCCACCUUCGAGGACCUGUCUGCCAUUGAGACAUAUGGCUUCCGUGGUGAGGCGCUUGCCAGUAUCAGUCACAUUGCCCAUCUUACCGUCACAACCAAGACGAAAGAUUCGGACCUUGCAUGGAGGGCACACUACCAUGAAGGGCAACUCGCACCAGCAAAGCCCGGUCAGUCAGCAGAGCCCAAGGGUGUGGCAGGCCGUCCAGGGACACAAAUCACAGUGGAGGAUCUUUUCUUUAACCUAGGACCCCGGAGAAAGGCGUUUCGCUCGCCCUCGGAAGAAUUCAACAAGAUCAUAGACAUGGUUGGUCGGUACGCUGUGCACUGUAAAGGGGUUGGUUUCACGUGCAAAAAGGCGGGCGAAGCCUCAACGAAUCUGUCAAUCCAGGCCCACGCUACCGUUAUUGACCGUAUCCGUCAGAUCCAUGGUAGUGCCGUGGCAAACGAGCUUCUGGAGUUUUCGGUUUCUGAGGCCCGAUGGGGUUUCAAAGCUGACGGUUUUACGACCAACGCAAACUACUCAGUUAAGAAAACAACAAUUUUGCUUUUCAUCAAUCACCGAUGUGUUGAGUCGACUCACAUCAAGAAGGCAGUAGAGCAAACCUAUGCCAACUUUUUGCCGAAGAACGGUCACCCCUUUAUUUAUCUAAGUCUUGAAAUCGACCCAGCUCGUGUAGAUGUCAACGUUCAUCCCACCAAGAGAGAAGUCCAUUUUCUCAACGAGGAUGAGAUCAUCCAAUCAAUAUGCGAAGCGAUCGAGGCCAAGCUCGCCGCAGUCGACACGAGUAGAACAUUCAUGACGCAAACACUUCUUCCUGGCGCAAAAGCCACCGAAUCUACUCUACAAAGCGAGGGCGACGGUACACCUAGCAGAAGAACUCCAGCGUCAAAGAAGCGAAGAUAUUCCAACGACUUGGUAAGGACGGAUACGGCUGAACGGAAGAUCACGUCCAUGUUUUCUCGAGCUGGCCCAAGCGAGUCAACAGGCUCGAUGGAUCAGGCAGCUGAUGUUAUGCCUGCCUCUGAACCCCUCGAAUACGAGAGGGUAGACCGCGAGAUUGUCCAAUGUCGGCUGAACAGUGUAAAGCAAAUGAGGGAAGAAGUACGGGAAGACAUACAUCACGAACUGACCGAAAUUUUCGCCAACCACACUUUCGUCGGUGUUGUGGAUGAACAACGCCGGUUAGCAGCCAUUCAGGGGGGCGUCAAGCUGUACCUCAUCGAUUACGGUCGAACUUGCUACGAGUAUUUCUACCAAUUGGGGCUCACAGACUUUGGCAAUUUUGGUACCGUCAAAUUCACCCCUUCGCUAGACCUUCGCGAACUGCUCCAGACAGCAGCCGAGAUGGAAAAGAGCUUGAUCACCUCACCAAACGAGGAUUUUGAGGUCGAUGCUCUGGUAGAUCGCGUGGCAGACCAGCUCAUCGAGCGUCGUGAAAUGCUCCUUGAAUACUUUUCCCUAGAGAUAUCGCCUGCUGGCGAAGUCAUCUCAAUACCGCUACUCAUUAAGGGGUACACACCACCUCUUGUUAAGCUUCCUCGCUUCCUCCUCCGCCUCGGACCUAGUGUUGACUGGACAGAAGAGAAAGCUUGUUUCGAUUCAUUUUUGCGAGAAUUGGCAACAUUCUACGUUCCAGAGCAACUACCAACUUUACCUGGCGAUGCGGAUAGUCUGCGAGAAGAAGUUAUCUCAAACGAGCUGCGCGCCCGUCGCCAGCACGUAAGACAUGCUGUUGAGCAUGUGUUCUUUCCGGCCUUCAAGGCGAGAUUGGUGGCGACCAAAUCACUGAUGGAAGACGGAGUGCUCGAAGUUGCUAACUUGAAGGGUCUUUAUCGGGUUUUUGAACGGUGUUAA